CCGAUAAUAAUUGAAAGGAGUACCCGUGACGGUGUCGUGGUACGUACUAUGUACAUUCGGGGGUACUCGCAGUGUCACUAGUCGCUACUUGCUAGUUGCCAGUUGCCACUUGCCAGUCCGUAGUCGGUAGUCGGCUGUCGCGGUCCUUCGUCCUUCGUACUAUCACCGACCACUGUCUCGCACUCUCCGGCGACGUUUAAUGGUUGUGUACUUCACUACACCAGUCACCACACACGGCACGUACUUGGCCACUUGCGUGUUCGUUUUCGGUACAUUUUAACGAGAGAUCUCGAAAGCUUCUUCCAGCGAGAACAAGAAAACAAUCACUCGAUAUUCAGUCGAACGUUCUAUUUCCUCGCACAGGUACACUGGUUUGUUAUCGGUUGAUAUACAAAUACGAGUACAAAUACUUUCCUUUGAUGUUGACCAAAUUUUAUCGAUCAGGAUUGUCUGUUGGACACUCGGACCAGUGUAUUACCGGUUAUAUGCACACUAGUAAUAUGAAGUUAAAACACCAUUUUAUAGUUAUGAGACAUGACACUUCCAGUUUCCAGCUAUGAAGAGCUGUUAGAAACAGUGCGCAGUCUUAAUCAAGAAACCAGACAACUUCAAAGGCAAUUAAAUACACCAUUAUUAGCUCAACAUUUGCCUCCAGUUGAUUUAAACGGAGGAAUGCCAUCAAGGGAUAUGUCACCAAAAAUGACUCUACCCCUAGAAAACAAAACUAGUACUGAACAGAAUCAACAUAUAGAUAAAGAAAAAAGAUCAAUGGCUGAAGAUAAAGAAGAAGAUGAAGCUAAAAUAUCUCCUGAUGGUUGUUUACCUACACCUCCUGGCAUAUUAGCUGACAAAAAAUUUAAUAUGUGGCACAGCGUAGGACCCACAAAUUUGUCUUCAGACUCAUCUUUAUUACGAUCUCAAACUUCAUCUUUAGAAUGUGAAAACGGUCUAUCAAUGAGAUCUAGUAGCCAACAACAAUUAGGAGCUAAAGUAGAAAUUGUUUAUAAUCUCUUGUCAUUAUUGGAAAACAACAAUUCAAUACAAUCUUCAUAUCAGUCAGUUUCAGUUCUUUUGGCUAUGAGCAAAUCACCCGAUUGUUGUGCUGCAAUGAGACAAACAGGUUGUGUUCCAUUGCUUGUGCAAAUUGUCCAUGAUAUGAAUGCUGACAUUGUAGUUCGUCACAAUGCUAGCCAAGCAUUAAAAAAUAUUGUAACUUUUAAUCAAGAUGAAAAACAAGGUCGCCGAGAGUCUCGUGUUUAUAAGUUAUUGGAAAGCAUGAGAGAAUACUGUGAUACACCAGUUGUUGUACUUAAACAAUUGGAUAUUAGCAAACAUCCCAUCACUGCUAUUGCAGCAUUGAUGAAGUUAUCUUUUGAUAGUCAACAUAGAUUUGCUAUGUGUUUAUUAGGCGCAAUCUAUACUGUUACUAGACUGAUUCAAGUUGAUCAUGAAGUUCAUGGGAGUGAACCAGAUUUAGAAUCUAAUUCAGAAUGUGUAACCCUUAGGCGAUAUGCUGGCAUGGCUCUAACUAAUUUAACAUUUGGUGAUGCUACUACCAAAACACUUUUAUGUUCUUUUAAACAAUUCCUCAAAGUUUUAAUAUUACAGUUACAAAUACAGUGUGAAGACCUCAGACAGGUCACAGCAAGUGUUUUACGAAAUUUAUCAUGGAGAGCCGAUCCACAUAGUAAAGAAAUUUUGCGUGAUGUAGGUGCAGUUAAAGCGCUAAUGGAAGCCUCAAUGAAAGCGAAUAAAGAAACAACAAUGAAAUCAUUCUUGUCUGCUCUUUGGAAUUUCUCUGCUCACUCACCUGAAAAUAAAGAAGAAAUAUGCAAAGUUGAAGGAGCUAUUGAGUUUUUGAUUAAAACAUUAGGUGGAACAAGUCCUUUUAAAUCCGUUACAAUAAUAGAAAAUGCUGGAGGAAUAUUGAGAAAUAUUUCAUGUGUUAUAGCAUCUCAUGAAGAAUAUCGUGAUAUUUUAAGACAUCAUAAUGUACUUGAAAUGUUAAUGCAACAGCUACAGUCCCCAAGUUUAACAAUUGUGAGCAAUGCAUGUGGGACCAUUUGGAAUUUAUCGGCACGUAAUAUUCGUGACCAAACAACAAUGAUAAAUUUGGGAAUUAUACCUAUGUUACGGUCAUUAAUUCAUUCCAAACAUAAGAUGAUUGCUACUGGAUCGUCAGCUGCGCUUAAUAAUCUUAUGAAUGCUAUGCCUGCAUAUAAUACUGAUCAAGAUGUGAAUAUAAAUCUUGAAGAUAAUUCAUUUAAGAGUACUUCAGCUAUUUCUAACAAUACAUAUUUAAAGGAUUUUAAUAAAGAGAUACAAACUAUACAAACAGAAAGUGAUGAUUUGAAAGUUACUGUAAAACCAAAUUUGACAAAUAUCUCACAGCAGUCUUACGAUAUUAUUAAAAUUAACAAAAACAGUAUGACAACUGAAAUUGAAAAUGAAAAAUUUGAACCUUCUGUAGAAUGUUCUGAAGAUUCUAUUCGGCAAUUAGAAAAUAAUAUCAGUUUUGAAGAGAAAGUCAAAAAAUCUUCCAAUGGAUAUGCUGAGACUUCACUGGAUGAAGCAACUAACUACAGUUUGUUAUGUGAAGAUGAUGAUAAUGGUGAAAAAGUAUUAACCGGUGAUACAACACAGACUUAUUGCACAGAAGGUACCCCCUAUAAUUUUUCUAACGCUGCAUCAUAUACAGAUUUAAGGAAAUGUGGCAUAGAUGACAAGAAUCGUAACGAAUCUGGAUCAGGACUUCCUGAACAAAGUAUGAAUGUACCUAAUUCUGGUAGUGAAACACCAGAUGAUGCACAACCCAAGAAUGAAUUAAAAGAUGGUAAAAUGGUGACUUUUGAAACACCUUUGAUGUUCUCAAGAAGUAGUUCAAUCGCUUCACUCGGAAGCUGUGAACCACAAGAAGGUUAUAUUGGUAGUUCUGCCGUUAGUGAGUGCAGUCGCGUCACCAGCGGAUUAGUUACACCAAGUGAAAUUCCAGAUUCACCAACUCCAACAGUCCCGCCUAGUCCUCCAUGUUUCAAAAAUGAAAGUGUUUUUGAAGAUAGUGUGACUAUUUUUAAAGAAGAAAAAAUGCCUGGCAAAGGUUCAGAAUGUACGAGCUUAAGUAGCUUGACCAUUGAUGACGAUCUUCCAGGAAUCAAAUUACAAUACAAUCAAGGCCAAAAUAUGUUACCAUCAUUGAACGAAGAAAAAAAUCCUAUGAAUGUAUUGCAUGGUAAGCAAUAUGAAUCUCCAUCUAUUGAUAAGACGUCUAAAUCUUUCCAGUUAAAUCCUGAUGGUUUCCUCGAAUCACCCUCUUCCACAUUUCCGUACCUACAACAUAAGAAUCCAGGAUUUAUACCUCAUGCUAGAUCUAGACUUCCAGUCAUGGUGCAAAGCAAUAGCCAGGCAGUAGACAAAUGUCCAGAGUCUAGUUUUUCACAAUAUAAAACAACGGAUAAUGAGGGAGAUGAGAUAAUUGGAUUCUGUACAGAAGGAACUCCAGCAAACAUAAGUACAGCUACUUCACAUUCAGAUUUAUCAAUGAUUACUCCUUCAGAAGAUGGAUCAGAAACCAAUGUUAUCCUUCGACAAUCAAUGAAAAUGGUUGGCAAGAAACGUUUAUACCAAUCAACGGGUAGACCUUUAGGAAAUUUAAAUCUUCAAUUUAAUCAAAGUUCUACUACACCCACUUCAGCAAACAUAUCAUUGUCCAGAUCAUUAGUAUUGGAUUCCCCUUCAACAGAAUCACAUGUAUCAAAUUCAAUUAACUCUUCUGAAAUCGAAGAUCCAGUAACAGUUAUUAAUAAACGAAUGUCAACUGAUUCCAUAGAUAGUGAAUUUUCAUUGGAUGACUCUAGUAAAUGUGAUAACAGAAUACCACGAUCUCAUUCACUACAUGAUGCCCAUACAUUGAAUAGUGAACCCAUGUCUGAAGAUGAUGAUGAUGAUGAUGAUGACGAUGAUAACAACGCUUUAUUAGAUCAAUGUAUAAAUGCCGGUAUUGAAAAAAUAACAACUUUAAAAAUAACUGAUGAAGAAUUGCCUGAUGAUGAACAGCAGGAAUUGUUAAAUCAGUGCAUAGCUUCAGGUAUCAAUAAUUCAGCCACAUCCAAAUUACAAAUGUCAGUUAAGAAAAGAACCAAGAAACCAGACAGUGAUCUCACUGAUGAACAACAGCUAAUGUUAUUAGAAUCAUGUAUUGAUGCUGGAAUUAUGAAUAGCAAGAAAACAUUUAAAAAUAAUAGUGAUGAUUUGUCGGAUAAUGAACAAGUAGCUUUGUUAAAUGAGUGUAUUGAAGCAGGCAUGACAAAUUUACAAAAAAUCAAAUCAAAAGAGACAAAUUGUACCCUUGAACAAAAUGAAGAGGAUUUAUUAAAUAAUUGUAUUAGCCAAGGUAUACGAAACAUUGAAAGAGGAUCAACUCAUAAAAAAAGAGAAAUACCAGUGUUAAAUAAGUACAAAAAAUCUUUUGGGCCCAAAUCAGAAAGUGAAAUUAGUGAGUCUACGAGUACAAUUACACCAGGAGAUAUUAUUGAUGGAGUUAUAUAUAAACGAGAUGAAAGUGAUGAAUCCACAUGGAAAGACGAUGAAACGUUAACAUUUACUACUCUCACAAGCUCUUACUUAAGUGCAGAAGAGAAUUCUAAACCAAAGUUUUUAAAACUGGAUAAAAGAGAAAUUGGUAUCAUAUCUUCUUUAGAUUUUGAUGACACACAUCUGGAUGCUAUAAAACCUCCUUCGGACAUGGAUAGUUUGCUAUCCAUGACAACAAGUGUUCAAUCUAAUUGUGGUUUUGAUAAAAAAAGAAAAAGUUCUAAUGAUAGAAAUGAUUCACUAGGAAGUUGUACAAACAUAGAGAAUAUUAAUCCUCCAUCAUACAUGGAUGAAGUUACUGAUUUUGAGAUGGAAAAUAGUAUUACCAGUAUAUCAAGUAUACGCUCUGAAAUAGUUGACCAGUCGAUUGGUGCUCAGUAUUAUACAGCUGUGGAUGAUUUAACUUUAGUAGAUGAUUUGCCAUCAUCUGAAAUGUCUUCAGAUCCUAAUAGUCCAGCUCAAAUAAGACGCCGACUAACGCCUAAACAAAAGCGAAACAUGAAGAAAGACAGGUAUAAUACCUAUACAAUAACUUCUGACGACAGCAGAGAAAACUCUAUGGAGCCUGAAACCAGGUCAUCACCUCUGAAUGAAUCAGACUCUCAUUCUUCUGAAGACGCCAUAAAAAAAAGGUCACCAAAAGAAAAAUUCCAAACAAAAAGGUCCUCUGAAAAAGAUAGAUUUCGUACUCGCACAUUAGCUGAUCUAGACCUAACCAAUAUUGUGCAAAUCCGACCAAAAGAUAAUGACUUCACAUCAAAUUUUAAAAACCAUGUUGACGAAAGUACCACAUCGGAGGGUACUGACGGUUAUUCCAGCGAUGGGAAUGAGUCAAAUACUGGAGUUGCUUCAGCUAGAAUUGUUAAGCCUUCAGAAGUGAAGGCUGUUAGAGGUAAGAAAAAAUCACGAGGAAGUGGAAUACCGAUAGUAGCUCGAAGCAGUCCUCAACCAUCCCCUACAACCUCUAAAAGUUCACAAUCAACACCUACUAAAAAGCAGACUCCCCUUAAAAGACAAGGUACAUUUGUAAAAGAAGAAUCUCGUAUUCCUACUCCGGGAUCUACUGGCAAAAAACAUACUAGUGUACCAAAUCUGGUUAAACCACCGUCUAAUAAACAGUCGACUACAAGUAUGCGAUCUAGUGGUGUUCGUAAUUCAGUUAGUAAUAGCAGUUUAAAAAGUAGUGCCGAUCAAUGGGUUGGUAGCAAUAGUAGUCUUCCGACCAUGGCUGGAGUGGCUAAGACAAAUAGCAAUACUAGUUUAAAUUCGAACAUAUCAGCAGCAAGUUCGGGGUCCUCAGUUAGAACAACAUCUGGUCAAAAGAAAGAAGUCACUAGUAAGAUAGCAACCCUAUGGAAGAAAAUUGAAGAUAAUAAAAAGAAGGAUAUUAAUGCCAAAGAUAAUCGUGUGUGGAUCAAUUCAAGUCCUAACAAUCGUGUUUAAAAAGUAGAAAUUAGGUGAUACAUUCUAUUAUCUUUAUCCAUUUUUUUUCAUAUAAUAUUUAUUUCUCUUUUUUAUAUUUGUUAUUUCUUUAAAAUACCAGUUAUUGUUUAAUAAUCUAAUAUUGGAUAGCAAUCAUAUUUUUUCAUCUUGUUACACAUUUUUUUUGUAUCAAAUAGAAUUUUGUAAUUAAAGAGUCAUCAUAGACUGGUAAUCUUUACCUAAUUGAAAUAGGAGACUCAAAACAGUUUAAUACUAAAAAAAUUUCAAUAUUGCAAUGAAUAGUAUAUAUUAUGAAUAUUUUGUCAAAAUUAGUUUUGACCUUUAAAACAUAAUAAUAAUUACUAA